CUUCUUCUUCUUUUUGUUUCGGUUUCUGGAUCAACAACCUGUUGAUCCAUCAAUGGAAUCGUUAUCUGAUGAAAUCAAGUCAAUAUCCCCAAGUUUUUCAAUCAAUAAAUGAAACCCAAAUCGUCAUUAAUCCGCAGCUCGUCCAUUUCAGAUAGCGCUGGGGGAUUGUUGUUCAGGUCGUUAUCUGCAGCAUCAUCAUCAAUGGCGGCGCCGAGGAGUGUGGUGGUUGAUGCCGGCAGUGUCAGCGUUGGUGUCGGAGGAGGGAGGGCGAGGGAUGAGGAGAAGAGUUUCGGGGAUUAUAAUGCAGCGGUUGCGGGGGAUUCGCCCACCGGGAAGAAGGGUAAAGUAGGGGAAGGGGUGAUUUUUCCGUUGUCCCGAUGGGAAGUCAUGGCAGGGUUGGGUGUAUUUCUGUUAUUUUCCGUUGGAUUGGGCUGUAUUUACCUGACAAUGCCAGCUGCUGAUUAUAGUAAGCUCAAGUUGCCUCGGACCCUCUCUGAUCUUCGCAUGCUGAAAGAUCAUCUUGGAACAUAUGCUAGUGAUUACCCAGCACAGUUCAUCCUUGGUUACUGCUCAACAUACAUCUUCAUGCAGACAUUCAUGAUUCCUGGGACUAUCUUCAUGUCGUUGCUUGCUGGAGCACUUUUUGGUGUUAUCAGGGGCCUUUUCUUGGUUGUCUUUAAUGCUACGGCUGGAGCAUCAUCCUGCUAUUUUCUGUCUAAGCUAGUUGGAAGGCCUAUUGUUAGUUGGUUUUGGCCUGAGAAAUUGAGAUUUUUCCAGGCAGAGAUAGCAAAACGCAGAGACAAGCUGCUCAAUUAUAUGCUGUUUUUAAGAGUAACUCCAACCCUGCCAAACCUUUUUAUCAACCUGGCAUCUCCCAUUGUUGAUAUACCAUUUCAUAUCUUUUUCCUGGCCACUAUGCUUGGGCUGAUUCCCGCUUCUUACAUUACUGUCAGAGCUGGCCUUGCACUUGGAGACCUAAAGUCAGUUAAAGAUUUAUAUGAUUUCAAAACUUUAUCGAUUCUUUUCCUCAUUGGAUUGGUGGCAAUAAUCCCAACCCUUUUGAAGAGGAAGCGAGUGUAUGAAUAGAGAUACUUAUUUUCACCUAUCCUCUUUUUGAGGAAAUGAAACUGGGGAUAGGGUAUGACCUGCCUGGUAUACCAUUGUAAAAUCUUGGGGAACAGAGGUGUGAGCCCUUUUUAACUCCAAUGCACCUGAAGGUUAGGAAGUGGAUUUACCUUCACUUGCAACUUGCAGUCAAUCACUGCUUGAAGCAUCAAAAGUAGUGCUAAUUUAUUUGAUUUCUGUAUACUUAUGACUCACCUGUCUGCCUGGGGAACUGUGAGGGCACCAAGCAGCUGGAAGUGUUCCAUGCUAUUCAUGGUUUAAGGGAGAUGAAAUAUAACCAAAUGGGAAAUCGUUUUUUAUUCCAAUAUCAGCAGUCAUCUUUAGUCAUUUGUUAGGUAGAAGUAAUGUUGUAAUUUCCAUAGGUAUAAGUAAUGUUGUAAUUUCCUUUCUGGGCAAUCCGUUCCCUACGGCUUGUUCCCUAUUUUGUUACAUGUGUAUACUAUGUUAGGAUCCUAUCCGAUUUGACAUCAUACAGAUUAGAAAUAAUAAUUCCUUAAGUUUUUUUUGUUGAGUA